GCCGGCAAGUGCGUCCACAGCACCAGCUUCGUAGCGCCCGCCGAUUACAAAACCGCUCCAGAUGACCACCGUUAUCGUAUCGCCAGCCGUCGGUCCUGAGUCGACCCAGCUUGUCUGUCCCACCUGCCAGGCGCUGGUGCGUACGGCGACGGAACAUCGGGCCAACACCCGGACACACAUCUACGCUCUGCUGCUGUGCCUGUUCCUGUGCUGGCCAUGCAUUUGCCUGCCGUACUGCUGCGGCUCUUGCCGUGAUACCGUCCAUCGGUGUCCUCGUUGCAAGGCGUACAUCGGCGUUUACCAGCGAUAAGUCGAAGGCCGCAAUCACAUGGAACGAAACACACUACACACUAUGGACGCCAUACUUAGACCCCGUCAAGGACGACAUCUCCGGAAGAAGCUCAGAAAAUAAUGCCACUUGUUGUGGCAGUGCGAUCCCGUUUCGCGAGAAUCUCUUGCAACAACAGAUCUGUCGCUACGGCCCCCGUUGGCCCAUGCAGCACCACUGCCUCCGUGGUGCCAGUAACUGGAACGGUUUGAAUUGAGAUGUGAAUAAAAUAAACAUUUACGAAC